AUGGCUGUUAAAAUAAGUACGCCCGUAUACAAAAAGAGGAUAAGUUCUACUGCAUAUCCCUUAUAUUUUAGUGUUUUUAUCAAAAGGUUAAAAAAUUAUGUUUCGCAAAAAAUUAAGGAAAUAAAAAAUUUAGGUGAUUAUGAAAAAUCAUGUAGGGAUUUAAACUAUGAAAUCGAUGAAUUAAAGGAAUUAUUUUGUACACGUUAUUUAUUAAAUAUUCCAAGAUAUGUUAGAUUAGCAUCAUGGAAUAAAAAUAUUGAAGACCAUUUAAAAACAACGAUGGUUAGUGAUUCAGAUGAAAAAUGUAAAAGAAGUUAUCCUUUUUAUCGAGGAAUUCAAAGAUAUAGACGAAAACUGUUGGCAGAUUAUUGUGAAGAAAGGGAUAAAAGAAAAAGGGAUGUACUAAAUUCAAGUAAUGAUAAAGACAAGUGUUUAGAAUAUAACGAAUGGGUAAUUAUGAGUGACAAUGCAAUUAAUGCUUCGUUUAAUAAUAAGAUAACAGAAGGUGAUAGAAAUAACGGAGCAUAUACUAUUAGUAAUAAUUGUAGUUUGAGAAAACCACACCUUUUAUUUCCACUAUUAGAGUGUCAUAAAGAGAAAGAACCAGAAAAUCAAUUGAAUCUAUUUUUUGAUUCACCAAUAUAUGGGAAUUCAGAAAUUACAAAUACUGCAGACGGUUUUAGAAAUAUUUUUAAUAUGCAUAUUGAACCUAAAGAUGUUGCAAUUCCAUUUGAUACUUCCCCCCCUGUUAGUAUUCCAGCUUCUAAGAUUACACUUGGUAGUAAUACUCCUGU